AGCUGUGAAUCGCUUGUAGAAGAAGUGCGUCGUAGAGUGCUGUUAAAAAUGUUUUAGAAAAUAACAAGUACAUAUCUUAUAUAGGAAUUAUUAAGAAAUCUGUGAAACCGCCCUCCACGCUCUCAAUUUUAGUUUUGGUUAAACUGAUCAUCGCCCGUGGACAUCGUGGUCUCAUACAUUUGAACAAACUUUGAGGAGAUGGAGUCAAACCAAAGUCGCACCGAAACAUCAGACCCCAUGAAAGAGGUGAGAGAGGAGAAACUCUUUUGUGACGCGGUGUUGCGGUCGGAGGACGGCGGCGUCUUUCCGGUUCACAGAGUGAUUCUGUCGAAGUGCAGCGCAUAUUUCAGGAAACUGUUCACGACAAUACAGCACACCAGUGAGGAGACAGAUAUUGUCCUCCGCGGAGUCAGCUCAGACAUGAUGACCCGGAUACUGGAUUAUGUUUAUUUUGGCGAGGUGGACAUCCGCUCCGACAACGCGGGUCAGCUGCUCGUGACGGCUGACAACUUGUGUAUACCGGAACUUCGUAAACUCUGCUGCGACUUCCUCAUGGACGCGAUAGACAUGGACAACUGUAUCGACAUCUUACGUGUCGCAAGGUUACUCUCCUUCGCCGACCUCAAGAUUCACGCUCGUCGCUUCGUUCUGCGCCAAUUCGUGGAACUGUCUCAGCAGAGCGAACAUCUGCUGGAACUGCCUGUUGAGGAGCUGCAAGCGAUAAUUGAGGCCGAGGAACUGAACGUAAAGGAAGAGAAAGUUGUGUGGGAGUGCAUUCUCCGGUGGAUCAACCGCGAUCCGGACAACAGGAAAGGUCACAACGCGGGCCUUUUGAAGGUCGCCAGACUGGGACGACUUGAUGCAAAGUUUUUCAAUGAGACGGUUUCAAAGCACCCUUACGUGACUGAAAACAAAGCGUGCAAACCCUUGAUCUCGGAGACGCACAAAUUCCUAGACGACGUGGAAAGGUUGUCGAAGGAAGACAAGGACCUCAUGACACCAAGGAUUGCCCGCCCGCGAAUCCCUCAGGACAUUCUGUUUGCUAUUGGUGGGCGUCGCGACGGAAAGGUGACAGAUGUGAUCGAAGCGUACGACGCACGAGCACUCUUUAUUUCAUGUUCGUUUAUUUCCAUUGCAGUGAAACCUCUUUUAAGAGAAGCUACAAAGACAUGA